GGGUGUGAUGCCUUUUUGCCUAACCCCGUGACAAAUCCCUGACGCCUUCAUCCGGGACUCUUCCACCAGAACACUCUCCAACAUGGCGGCGUCAGCUAAGAAGAAUAAGAAGAAGGGGAAGACCCUGACCCUGACUGAUUUCCUUGCAAAUGAUAGUGGCAGUGCACCCCCCAGUUACCCCAGCGCAAAGACUACCAGCUGGGCAGAUGAGACUGAUGACUUGGAUGGAGAUGUCUCAACUUCCUGGCACACUACGGAGGAUACAUAUCGAGCUCCUCCCAUCGAUCGCUCCAUCCUGCCUACUGCGCCUCGUGCAGCACGGGAGCCAAACGUUGACCGCUCUCGGCUGCCACGUGGCCCGCCCUACACUGCCUUCCUCGGUAACCUUCCCUACGAUGUCAGCGAGGAAUCUAUUAAAGACUUCUUUAGGGGACUUGCGAUCAGUGCGGUGCGUUUGCCACGGGAGCCUAAUAACCCAGAAAGGCUAAAAGGAUUUGGUUAUGCUGAAUUUGAUGACGUUGAUUCAAUCUUGCGCGCGCUCAGUCUAAAUGAAGAGAAUCUUGGGAACAGGCGGAUCCGGGUGGAUAUCGCAGAUCAGUCCAAUGACAAAGAGAGGGAUGGUGGAUCAAUGUCAGGGCGAGACCGGGAUAGAGAUCGCGGUCGUGGGAUGGAUGGUGGCCCUGAUAAGACUGAUUCUGAUUGGAGGGCACGCCCGAGUGGGGAGCAAGAUGAAGGACCACGCCGUGACGAAGGAUUUGGAGACCGGUCUCGUGAUCGCUAUGAGUCGGACCGAUUCAGAGAUGCUCCAAGGCGUGAUGAUCGUUUUGACAGCGGUCGAGAUCGCUUCAGUGGGCGAGAUCGCUAUGAUGACAGAGGUAGCAGAGACUAUGAUCGUGGAGGUUAUGAUUCACGUGGUGGAGGAGGACGACGAGGAUUCAGCAGUGGCUUCAGACGAGACUUUGAUGACCGGCGUGAUGGAGAUCGCUACGGAGAUCGUGAGGAGCAUUUUGACAGGAGGGAUGAUGGACGAGAAGAGAGGGCCUCUACACAGAGGCCCAAGUUAAACCUGAAGCCACGGAGCAUCCCAAAAGAGGAGGAACAGAGUGGAACCUUGCCCCCCCAGAUUAACACGACAAGUUCCAGCAGGGCUUCCUCUAUAUUUGGGGCUGCCAAACCUGUGGACACGGCCGCCAAGGAGAGAGAGGUGGAGGAGAGGCUGAAGAAAGAACAAGAUAGACUCCAGAGACAGUUGGUGGAUGACAAGAACAGGGGUCCAGAGAGACGGCCGAGAGACCGAGACCCGAGUUGGAGAAGUGAAGAGCCAUUUAAAGAGCGGCAACGCACAGGAAGUGAAUCCUCACAACCUAAAGGACCUAGGUCUCAUGAUGGUGAACAUUCAGAGAAUGACGUCUUCAGUGGCCAGGAGGAUGAGCCGAUCUCUCCUGCAUGUACAUCACCCUCUUCCCAUCAGGGAGGGCUCCCACUGAAAGUAAUGCCUGCCCCUCCCCCUAAGGAAAAUGCCUGGGCCAAACGCAGCCCAGGGGGGAGUACUAAUGAGAAGGAAGGAACCCGCUUACCUGCUCCCAAUAGUGCAAAGGAGACUGUAUUGGGCAAGGAUGAAAACCAGGAUCAUGGCGUUCAAAAGAAUAAAGUUAUGUCUCAGGGAAGAGGUGGAGGAGGAGUUGGAAGAGGAGGAGGAGGAGGAGGAGGAGGAGGAGGGGGGUGGGGACGAGGAGUUGACUGCCCAACUAAAGACAAGCAGAGAGAACCUGCAGACAGGAAGGAGGUCAGGCGGGACAAAGAUCCCAGAAUAGCCUCAGAACCAAAGAAAUAUGAAGAGAGCGUUCCUCCUCAAUUCAGCUCAGCUAGUAAAUAUGCUGCCCUACUAAUGGAUGGAGAACAGGGAGAAGAUGAAAGUGGAGAGGAAUGAACAUUAGGAAGGAUCAACUAACUACAGAACAGAAGAAAAAGAGCAACUUGAACGAUCAAAUGAGGGGUUAAAUUAAAAUUCCCUCAUCAGAUGGAGUGGUGUAGUUUAAGGGGAUGAUGGCUAAGGUACCCACAAUUCUGUUCUGUGUCACGUUUAUGGAAAUGUAUACAAGUAUUCCCAAAACUGGUCCAUUUUAAUUAAAAAAAUAAAAUGAAAACAAUCAGUGCAGUAAGUAGAUAAAUGCAUUCAUUCAUCUAGACAUUUAAAAAUCAUUGUUAACUUGAAAGUCAUUGUUAUAAAUAAAAAAAAGUAUGUAAGAUACUA